CCUCUGCCACUGCUCUCUGCUCUGUGCUCUCUCCAGGCCUUACACCCCCAGCAUGUGUUUCCUUCUCAUUCGUCCUGGCUCCUGUUCAGCCACAACAAGCUGCCCCUAAGAGCUCUAGAAACUGCUCACUAACUUUGCAGACAGAUGACCCUUGAGCUGCGAGAAGAGACUGGGGCUCUCGACGCUGCCCCCCUCACUUGCCAGCUUGGAUCUCUUGGCAGAGUCCUUCUAGGCUCCGGGCUGAAAUCUUGACCAUGGAACUUUGAAGUAACUCUGCUUCCCAGAGCUCAGUGGCAGACCCCAGCAUUCCAGGCCCUUGCUGCCUUUCUCACAGCCCCAAAGGGAGGGGCGGGGAGAGGAUCCGCAUUUCCCUAGGUGGGGGUUUUCCACCAUGAUGCUCAACUCCGACACCAUGGAGCUGGACCUGCCUCCCACCCAUUCGGAGACCGAGUCCGGCUUUAGCGACUGUGGGGGCGGGCCGGGUCCGGAUGGUGCCGGGUCCGGGGAUCCGGGAGUGGGGCAGGUCCGGAGUUCUGAGCUCGGAGAGUCUGGCCGCAAAGACCUGCAGCACUUGAGCCGUGAGGAGCGCAGGCGCCGGCGCCGCGCCACGGCCAAGUACCGCACGGCACACGCCACGCGGGAGCGCAUCCGCGUGGAAGCCUUCAACCUGGCCUUCGCCGAGCUGCGCAAGCUGCUGCCCACUCUGCCCCCGGACAAGAAGCUCUCUAAGAUUGAGAUCCUACGCCUGGCCAUCUGCUAUAUCUCCUACCUGAAUCACGUGCUGGACGUCUGAACUCAGCCCGCAGCCCGCCUUGGAUUCUCCCCUUUCCCUGGGCCUCUCCAGAGAGCCCUCUGUCACCGUGCAUUACUUAGAAUGGCCGACUCCCUCCCAUCCCAGAGGACCAGGCUCACAUCAUUAGUCCUGAAGGCCACUUUCUUUUCAUUGGCCCAGGAAUGAGUGAAGGAUGUUCUUAAGGGUUCCUUCAGAGAAAUGUUCCUGCCUAGCUGGUCAGAGUUAUUGCAGAGUGGUCAGAAUGGAAACCUUGUUGGGUUUACUAAGCCUAGCCUCUACUCAGCUGCUGCCUCUUCUGCCCUAAAUCCAAGUUUUCAGAGACCCCAGACCCUGACUCUCUCUCUCUCUCUCUCUCUCUCUCUCUCUCUCUCUCUCUCUCUCUCUCUCUCUCUCUCUCUCUCUCUCUCUCUCUCUCUCUCUCUCUCUCUCUCUCUCUCUCUCUCGGCAACGGUGGGACUUGGCAUCAGAAGGGGAACUGACUGGUGGCAGAGCCGGUUCCUAACUCCCAGACUUGUCUGUCCACACAGCGGGAGGCAUGGGCUCUUGGGAUGGCAGAGAGAUGAGGGAGGUGACUCCUGGGUAGCCAGGGGUUAUAGGAAAAUUCUGCCUUUCUUUUGUCUCUCUCGGUCCUGAGGCUUGGAAUAUACAGACCUCAGAUCUAACUUUGGUAGUGAGUGCCUUGCCUUCUUGGAGCUGGCCGCUCCCCAGUCCCUUCCCAACACCUGCCAUCCCAGAAUUCUCCCUUUCCCUGUGCCGGCUUAGAAAAAAAGGAAAACCUCGUUCCUGGGAUAAGGAUGACAGCUCCAAACAGCCCAGGGCACCUUGCAGAAGGCUCAGGCCCUGGGUGGGGCCUCUCUGCAGCAGCUGCUUCCGUCCCAGGGAACCCUUGAAAACAUGCAAACCCCAUCAGCUCCUCCCUCAGAUGCAAAGGGAUGCCUGCUUAUUACAUUUUCCCCUUGCUUUCUUACACGGCCGUGGGAAGGAAGGUGCCCCGCCCAUGCUGCUGAGCCCCACCCACCUGCCCUUUGUAGCCUUGCGCCCCCCCCCACCCCCCCGGAGUCUAUGGGCCUUAGACUCCCUGUGGAAGAACUCGCUGCUUUUCUCUGCUCCAUCCAUCCUCACACCAAACUCCUAGUUCUACAAGGAUAUUUAUUUAUGUAUUUAUUUAUUUAUUCACUUAUUUAUUUAUUUAUAAAUAUUACUAUUUAUUACCGAGAGUUAUGCACUUUGGGGUAGGGCGAGGGGGGCCUCCUUGCAUCUAGCUCUAGCUGGGAUCCUCUUGCUUUCUCCCAGGUCACUUCUUUUCUUCUUUCUUCUCCAGUGCAAGUAUGUGUGGGGAUCCCUUCAUCCACUAUACUGGUACCCCUUCUUCAGCUCCAUCUGUCCUUAUCCCCUUUCCUCUGGAAUAGCGCCCCUUCCCAGUCUCCCAGCUUCUAGGGUGUUCUCUCUCAAUCUCUCCCCACUGCCUCGCCCAGACAAUCCCACUCCAGUCCUGUCUACUCCAUUCUUCUUACCAGCCCCGCUUUUCCCAAAACCACCAAGAACAGACCCUGGGAUCUGUGUUUGGUGUCCUGUGUGUAAGUCUUUGUCUGGUUGCAUUUCUAAUUUCUUACAAAAAGAAAAAUUAAAGUGACCUCGAUCUAGAACCAGA